AUGGCCGGCAAAACUACGGCAACUGAAGUCGUACCGGGUGAGGAGCUAUCGCCCACAGCUGUUCAUCCCGUUGGUGAAAUUGCCGCUUUUUCAGGGUGCCACAAGGUCUCCCUGCUCCGACGUGCCAGGACUUCCGAUGUGCCAAGAAGCUUCCCUUGGGAGCUCUGCAUCCAUAUUCCCAAAGAACAAUGGUCGAGCCUAGCAGCUACAAACCUAACACGAGUUGACGAGUUUCCGACAGCGGGGAUUCACCUGGGGAUUCACCAUGACGCCAUGGUGCCCAUGGAGCCGGAAGGGCGAGAACUCAGCAGAUGCCUGCAGCAGAUCUUUGGAGGUGACGAGCUGGUGUCCUUCGACCAUUUGGUCCAUUUGGUCCCUCUGGAUCCAACGUUCCGUCCCGCCCUUGCAGAAGCCUUGCGACCCCUACUGCAACGCCUGGAGGUGGCCGAAGUGGCUCAGAUUCCAGCUAUAUGGCGAUCCUUGGAAAAAGCUUCCUGGCUGCUGAAUGACUUCGGCGACAACGAAUUGGUGGAGUCCAUCAUGGCCGCUGCCAGAGAGGUCCUGGCAGGGCGCGCCACGGUGGCUGCGCAGUUGGUGGAGCAGCACCUGCUGCGGCUACAGCGCUUCCGGACGGAUCCCCUGAGCACUGCCACGGCAUUGACGGAGAGGUCUCGAUUCAGGGAGAUCCUGGCGGAUCUGCCCCCGUGGAAAGAGAAAGUCGAGAUUUUCCAAAGAGAAUCUGUGGCGAAGUACGAAUUGGACUGUGCCAAAACCCUAAAAACUGUGGCCAAAGGUGCUUCCUGCGAAGUCUGGGCGCAUCGUUUGUCCUCCAGUGUGCAGGUUGAACAGGUCAUAGACCAACAUUGUCCCGGCCGAUUCGCUGCCGCUUGUGCAGUGACCUGGUUGCAACAAAGUUUGCCGCUACUCCCAUGGCUUCUGCUCCAUCUACUCCUCCCUGCCAUGAAGCUUUCGAAGGCGAACCACCAGAUUUUGCUGAAGCUUCGCAAGGCAUUGGAAUGCUGCGAUGAUCCAGAGGCCCUAGGGCAGUUACGUGAUGCCUUGGUGAACGCUUGUUCACUGUUGUUGCGGACUGCCUGGUGUCAAUCUACAGAGAUUGACUAUGCUGAGGCCGUUCGCUGGUUCUCCUCUGCUCUGGUGGUGACCCACGAGGCGUGUCAACUUCUGCUGCCCGAGCUGCCUGUGACCAGCGUGGCCGCCGCGCUGGCCGCCACGCCCUUGGCGCAGCCGCCCCCAGGGGCGCCCUGGGAGACGUCCACGACCUCGACGACGUCGACGUCGUCGCCGGUGAUGGACGCGCUGGCGGAGGCGCUGGCCGUGGCGGUGCAUGAGGAGAUGAGCUGCUGGGGUGAAGGCGCAGCAUGGCCAGGGAAGAUGGCACCCCUGCUGCUGCUCUUUCGAAUCCUUCCAGACGCAGGAGGCUCCCCACUCCAAGCCCAAGCUCGUUUAAUCGCGCUGAGAGCGUUGCAGCAGGAGGCCAGAUGCCUAGAGCACAGAUUGUUGGAAUUCCUGCAGAACGAGUGCGGACAUCAGCACCCGGUGCUAAGACACUUGGCCAAAGUGCUCCACGACGCUGACGCUGAUGGAGCGGCGAUGGGACCCCUGGGCUUCCGUGCCGUGGCGGUCCCACAGCUGGCCGUCACUCAGCUGGGGCUGGCCGAACGGGGUCCGCGGUUUCCGGUGCCGGUGACGUCUGCGGCGAAGGUGUUGGAAUCCCAACAACUUCAGUGGGAAGAGCUGUAUCGCAAGAAGUUUCCACACCGCCGGUUGCAGUGGACCAGCCUGGGCGCGGUGCAACUCCUAUGGAGGCACCGGAAGGGUGAGACACUUCUGAUUGCUACGGAGAGGCAAGGCCAUGUCUUGCUGGCAGUGGAUGAAGGUGGAGCUUUCGAAUGUGAAGCGAAAGAGGACACGUGGCAGCACGAGCUGCUGCCGUUGCAGCAGGUUUUGACGGUCGACGAGUGCCACGUGGCCAUGCUGGAUCUGCGAGUGGUGCCACGUGGCGCUGCUCCCGUGGUGCAGGAACUGACAUCCCGGCCCUCGCAGUCUGCGGCAGUGGUUGAUGCAGCCCUGGUGCGGCUCCUGAAGCGCUUCCACGUCUUAACUGGUGAGGAGAUCCUCAGAAAGUUGAGCCAAUAUCCCGAGAGCUUAGAACUGGGAGCGGAGUUAUGUGGGCCGAAGGCCUUCAGUGAUGCGCGUGCUGCUGCACAGGAUGAUGGCCGCGAAGCAUUUCAACGGCUGUGUGCUUUGUGUGAUCGCGGCCUCUUGCGUGAGGAGACACAGGAAGUGGGUGGGAACACCUUGACCCUGGCAGGUUCAAAGGCAGUGGAAACCCCACUGCAGCCAGGUGAAUUUCUGCAGCGACGCUUUUUCUACGAGACCUAGGUGAUCUAGGUGCGAGGCCAGCUGCACCAAGUCACCAGUCAAAGAUCCACUGGGCGGAGG